AUUUCGAAGGAGCUCCUGGCCUGCCGGCAGCCUGGGACGCGAACACAGGUGCCUAUACCUCGAAGAGCAUAGCGCCUCGACGUCACGACAUCGCUCGGCCAACGUCUCCACUAAGGAGGCAGCCCCAGCACGGCAGCCACCCCGUACACCUAUACAACACCCAGACGCCAUCGCGCAGACGCGGGAGCUUCAGCAAUGGAGGCCAAAGGAUCAGAGGAAGAGGCCAAGGACGCCAAAGAAGAAGAACCCCCGUCGAAGGUCGUCAUCGACCUGCUGAAUUUUGCCAUGAAAGUCGUCCACGAAGAAAUGAGUGGAUUUUUUGAGACACACUGCGUGCUCUGGGACUACAAGGAGGAGGACCUCAAAAAGAUCACGGCCGGGGAAGGAGAAACCUUGGAGCAGCAUGCGGUUUUUACCCAAUACCUGGAACAGAUCAACGAGCGGUUGGACGGGUUCGCGCGGACUGCCGGUUAUGCGGACGCGCAAGGUGUUCUCACGGACGUGCAAAAAGCGGUAGACCACGACAAGAAGCUCCGGGACCAGAUGAUGAAGGAGAUGAACGCGCUCUUUGCGCAGAUGCGGCUCGGGUUGGAGCAGCGCGACAAGGCGGCGGCCGGCGCCAAGGGGACCGAGGACGACGCCAAAGGUGAUGAUGAUAGUACCGCCUCGGCCAAAACAGUAGAAGUCGAUGAAUCGGAAGCGAAGGAGUCCAAAGCAGUACCAAAGAAGAAGAAACCUACAGGCAAUGGCUUGAUGCUCUUCAGUCAGCCGAUCGGGCUCGAGUACUUGCUGGAGUCCGUGAUGAAUUUGGCGGAGUACGAGACGUUCCGGAUGAUGAUGAUCAUGAAGGCUAGGUGCGAUCUCGGCGUCCCGCAGCGCUGCGGUGCCUUCACGCCAUCGACGCGACUCGUGUCCAUCAGACGAGGUCGUGGGUGGUUUCUUUUUCGAGUUUGAGGCCAUUCGGACCGAGUCGAGCGACCGCGAUGCUCCGCGCAGGGAAAGGAGGAUGUACCGGCAGCUGGAGGAGCGCGGGAAUAAAAGGCGACGUUUGCGAGACACGAGGAAAGCGGAGUUGACUGAUGGCUGUUCUGGGGAUGUUGUUCGCGAACAGUACUCGUUACUGAAAGUUAGACUAGGCGAGAUGACGCCGCAGCGGAAAGAUUUACGGGACGAACUCGACAAGGGCAUGGAUGUGGAUAGGUUCGACUUUGACAGUAGGAUAGCUGAUCCGGAGAGUUAUAAAUAUCCCAUGGACUUCCUCUGCAAGGUGUCCUCACCUUCCGCCCAGGAGGAGCUCAAAGGUAGGAGGGAGGAUUUGACGCAACAAAACGCGCCGCACUGCGACUGGCUCGAAGCGCUCCACGCGCACGUCGACGCGAUCCACGACAACAUCGAGGAGGUCAUGCUGGCCGCGCGGAGAGGGGCUAAUGCGGAGGCCAAGGGGGCGAAGGCAUAAGCUUUUCCCGAGG